GAUUGGUUGUACCAGUGUAAAUUGUAUUCCCACUAGUGCAAGUAGGAAUACAAAUUUAUGCAGUCAACAAACAUAUAAAGGCAACACACACAAGAAGUCUUUCACUCAGCUUGAAGUUUAUCACACAAGUAUCUCAAUCAGUUCAAAGUGUUGAAAUGAAUAUGGAUUUCUUUAGUAGAAAAUGCCUUUACUUUCAUCAGAAAAUUUCAGGUGCUUGUUUGUGCCUAAAUCAAAUAAUGCACCCGAUGUCCUCCUCUACCAGUAAAACUGGAAAAUAUGCCAUGUGACCUUUAAAGUGUGUUUGAGCAACAAGUAAAACAAACCAAAAAAAAAAGAAAACAAUUCUUUAGUUCAGAAUAAUUAUGUUUAAGCUAGACCACCUGUCAAUCAUUUUUUCUACAUUUUCAAAAAAUAUCUUGAAGUAUUGACAUUAAUUUUGUCACAUUGAAGAUAUUUUACCAAACAAAGAGAUUAUCUAUUUUACUAAUCUGUCCAUUAAUCAUGUUAGUGUACCUGUUGUUACAGGAAAACUGUUAUCAAUAGUUUUCAACAUAUUAUUUUGUAAUUGUAGUUUUAUGGACAAAUAAAUCUUAAUUCUCUAUAAGACAGUAAUAUUACAUUUAUAAUUCUAUUUAUCACCAUGUCUUCAUUUCUGUUUGUUGUUAAGGUGAAAUGCUUGACUACAAAUUUACAUAAAAGGCCAGUGUGUUGUUACACAGUACCAUUCUGUUAACAACAAAAACGCUGGAAAUUUAUUUUGCUGUUCUUUCUUCAUUUUUCAAGAGGUAAAUAGGAGAUAUGGCUGCAAAGGCGAAUGAAGAUGUUAAAAACAUUGGAAGCAAACUAACAGCUCAAAUGCCAACAGUAUCCAAACCAUUGAUCGGCAUACAUAAACCCAGCCCAAGCAAGACAAGUGGCAUACAUAAACCCAGCCCAAGCAAGACCAGUGGCAUACAUAAACCCAGCCCAAGCAAGACCAGUGGCAUACAUAAACCCAGCCCAAGCAAGACCAGUGGCAUACAUGAAUCCAGCCCAAGCAAGACCAGUGGCAGACAUGAACCCAGCCCAAGCAGGCUGAGUGGUGUACUGCCGUUAAUAGGAGUGCAUCCGGUGCCCAGUAAAAUAGAUGAAGAUGCAGCCAAGAUAUACAAACCUCAGCGUGAACAGUGUAGUUACAAAAAUGAAGAUGUAGCCAAAAUACAUCAACCUGAUAUAGAAAAACCUAGUGGUAAAAGAAGCUUGGAGAGUGACAUAAACAUACUUUUAAAACACAAAUGCAAACACAAGAGGACUUACUUAGAAAAACCCAGUCAUAAAAGAAACUUGAAGAGUGAGUUUCUGAAGUCAGGUUUCAAAGAUGAAGAUCCAGCCUACAUAGACCUCACUUGUGAUGACGUCAUAGACCUCACUUGUGAUGACGAUGUAGUAUUAGAUCCCUUUCUUUGUGCAAGAAGUCUGGAAGACAUUAGAACAUUAAUUGAAUCGGGGAAGCUGCCAAGCCAGAAAAUACUUGAUGAGAUGUGUCAGAUUUACAAUAGACAAUCCAAAAAGGUAAUUAUCACAUGCCAGGCAAUUUGUGAACAUAUAAAAUCAAAACAUGAUGCUAUUGAACAUGUUUGGGCUGCUUAUACAAUUCAAAACCUGCAUAGAAUAACUUUUGUAGUAAUUGUGAAAAUAAAAUCAGAAGGUGACACUAGAACAAAGUCUCUAUGUUUAGAUAAAUUGAUUACAUACUCAUUCAUCAAUCAAUACGUCGGCGAAUUUAGCUCAGAAGGCACUGAGGUACUAAGGCACCAGACAUCAGCUUCAGUGGGAUUGGAUGAAAAGUCCUAUCAAAAACUUCAAAGCUGCAUUUCAAAACACUCUGAAGUUUUGAUGAAAAAACACAAAUUCUUGUCAAUUAUAUCAGCAUGCCCAAAUAGGUCAAAAGGAUUUGGUGCUUCGUGGAAAUUGCUGCCUGAAAAAUGUAUUGUCCUUUACGUCCAGAAAAAGAAUUACAUUCCAAUUGAUGAAGAACCAUUUGAAACAAAGUAUGAUGGAAUUCCAGUUGAUGUUAGAGAAGGUGCCUUUACUCCAUUCGGACGUACUGCCAAAGAGCUGCUUGAUCCUGUUCAAAUGGGAAGUCAAAUAGGUGGAGAUAUUUAUGCAGGAACUCUUGGUUUUUUCAUAGAUCAUCCUCAAUUUGGAAUUUGUGGACUAACAUGUGCGCAUGUUCUUUUAAAACGAUGGGAGAUGACUCAACUGAAAACACUUCAUGGCGGAACUUUGAAAUGGCCAUUACAUGAGAUGAGUAAAAAUGUUUAUCAGCCCGCUGACAAGCAAUCUGUAUUAGGACACACUGUUCAAGUUAUCUACAAAGAAGGUUCAGACGAAAAUUGCGGAAUGGAAUUAGCUUUGUUCAGAAUAACAGACAGACAUCCAAAAUCACCAAGUUUUCCCUAUGAGACAGGAUCAAAUGUUGCUACAAGUAUUAAAUACGACAGUUGGCGAAUGUGUAGCACCCACAGACUGAAUAAGAAGGAUGAUGCUCAUGUCAUAAAAUUUGGAUCAAAAACAGAAUUGAGUCAUGGAAUAAUAAAAUUUGAUACUAUCUCAGUAAAGACACUGGAGGCAUGUAUAGGUCAUGAAAAUGUAUCAAUUAAACUGUUAAAGCAAAUCGAAGUAAAAGCUCAAUCAAAUGGCAUUCCUUUUGCUAAAAACGGCGAUUCAGGUGCGCCUGUGUUCGUUGUUGAGGAAAAUUCACAGAAUAAAUGUAUAGGGAUCGUAGAGGGAGGGACAUCAUAUGGGACAGUAGUCGUCACACCUAUCGUCCCUAUUUUAGCAGAACUAGAUGUACCUUGCUUAAAAAGUUUUGACACUGAAAAAGAAUUGUCAAAUAUCCAAAAUAAAAUAAAUACUUUAAAAACACAUGUACAAACAUUUGGUAGUGACGUUCGCGGCAUAAACAGUAAUAUGCAAACCAUUCACCAUGAAAUUAAGAAUAUUUUUAAUAGAAGUUUGCAGGUUAAUAAUAAUGCUUUAAAAAAAGUGAAUGGCGAUAUGCAGAUGAUAACACAUCUUCUGUUGAAUCUUUCUCAAAAAUUUAACUCAUCAUCGGCAAACUCGCAAAAUGAUCAACAUGGUGGUGAUUGAAUUAUAAGGAUAGUGAGAAAAAAAAGCUUACAAACUGAGAUCAAUCACAGAUAAACCAUUUCACAUGGCAUUAUGGGUAAAACAUUAUCACACUUGUAUGCCAAUACAUCUUACAUGCACAACAUUACAAAUAACACCAUCUUCGAACAUUUAUCCCUGUUAAGACCCUUCAGCAAAACUUCUACAAAACCCAUAAUCCUUAAACUAACGGAACUUCUAAAGUACCCAUACUCUUUAAUAUAAUAUA